AGAACGAGAGAUGAAGGAGGAGAGAUAGAACGAAGGGAGGGGACGCCGCUCCGGCGACGACACCGCCGUCGAGCCGGCGGCGGCAGUAGCACCGAGAGAGAAGGGGUGGGCGGCGUGUCUGUGAGUGUGUGUGGUGUGUGUUCGUGUUUGUGUGUGUCAGUGUGUGUUUGUGCGUGUGCGUGUGAGGUGUGUGUUGUGGUCAUGCCACAUAGAUGUAAAACAAAAAUUAAUAUGCCAUCUAGAUUUAAAAUAAAAAUUAAUAUGCCACAUAGAUAUUUAUUUUUCAUAAAUUCAAAUUAUGUUAAAAUUAAGAUUAAAUUUAAAAUUGAUGUAUUUUCUGGCCAAAUUUUAAAGUCAUGUUAUAAAUAAGAAAAUUGGCAAAGUAUGUGUAUUUUAUGGCAAUAACCCCUUUAAUUAACUUUGAAACUAUUAAUAUUCUCAUGCGAAAUAUGUAGGAAAUCCAAACCAAAUAACCGCGUGCUAUUAAUAAAUUUCAGAAGAGGAACGGACGACUACCGAUUUCGUUAGCAUUUCAAUCGACUUCACUUUAAUAUAGAUGCAUGCAAAUUAAAUUUUAAACUCAAGAGGCUCAAAAUUCAAUGACUUCUUAUAAUAAUCUUUAACGCUCAAUCGAGUCUCUAUAUAUAUUGGUGAUCAUAUCCCUUGAUUCUUCACUUACAACUUACAUCUUCUACUAAUAUAUACAACUCUUCAUCACUCCAUAUAUAAAAUGGGUGGAAAAGGCGGUGGCGGUGGUGGAAAAGGUGGAGGAGGAGGAGGAGGAAAAGGCGGAGGCAGCGGUGGUGGAGGAGAUAAAGGUGGUGGAUCGGCCGCUAAAGGAGGUGGCGGCGGUUCUUCGGGGACGAUGAAGGCACCGGGAGGUGGCGGAGAAUCCAUCUCGAGGGCUGGAUUUGAGAGCAACCCUCAAGGCUACUUUUCUGGGCUGCAUGCUGCUGAUAAAGCAUCUAAAUAAUUAUAUAUCUAUAAAUUAUGGAUUAAUAUUUGGGAGUUUCUCGCACAUGUGUUAUCUAUAUGUAUCAUGUGCCCAACUCUUUUAUAUAUGAAUGGAUUAAACGUGGAUUAAUUUCUUGCUUUUAUUCCAAUUCUAAUUACACA